GUCAAGGGGACUUCACCACUUUCGUAGAAGGAAGAAAACAACCACAAAGAGCUAUAUGCUAACUAUACCUGGUAGGAACAACGCCAUGUAAUAAAAUAACGCACCUUACGAGAUUUGUAUCAACUACGCGUGAAUUUAUAGACAAAUUACACUACGAUUAACGGAUCGAAUCCUACAAAAAACCAUCGAAGGCACGAUGCAAGCGGGUGAGCCUGGUGUACCGAUGGUUGUCGCAGGUUCACACAGCCGCUCAGAAGACGAAGAAUCGCUUGUUAUCAAAGAUGUGAAAAGGACAGCCACGCAAGCUUUUGGCAGCGGUGUUCCCAAACGCCGAAGUUCAUCCAGGUCAAUAAAGAGAAAGAAGUUUGACGAUGAGCUGGUCGAAAGCAGCCUUGUCAAAUCAUCAAGCAGAGUUAAAGGUACUCCACUUAUGGAGCCCUUACGCUGCUCAGGUAGUGAGCCUUCAUCCAGCGAGAAAAAAAAGCUGUCAAAAUCCGGACCUACUUUGAUGCCACCUCUCGCGAUGCUGAUGCAUCCUACGCCGAUGGCCAAAAGAGUGAAGAAAAAUAAACAGGCGCUACACAUCACGAAAGACUUAGGCCGCUGGAAGCCUACCGAUGACCUGCUUCUUAUUAAUGCAGUGCUGCAGACCACAGACCUCACAUCUGUUCAUCUGGGAGUCAAGUUCAGCUGUCGUUUCACAUUACGGGAAAUUAAAGAGCGGUGGUACGCUCUCCUCUAUGAUCCUGUCAUCUCAAAACUUGCUUGGCAAGCAAUGCGGCAGCUUCAUCCUGAAGCUGUAGCGGCGAUACAGAGCAAAGCUCUCUUCAGCCAGGCUGAAGAAGUGCUACUAUCCAAAAUUGGUUCGACGAGUCAGCCCAAACUGGACGUAUUCCAGGAGCUUUUGAGUAAGCAUCCAAGUGUCUUUCACCAAUCUCGCACCCCCAAAAGUCUGCUGGUCCACUGGCAACUUUUGAAGCAGUACUACCUUCUGGAUGACCAGAGCGUCCAACCACUCCCAAAGGGGGAUCAAGUCCUAAACUUCUCUGAUGCUGAGCAGAUUGUUGAUGAGGUCAAGUUAAAGGAGACCAGAGACGAAGUGUUGGAACACGAAUUAAUGAUAUCUGACCGGCACCAAAAAAGAGAAAUCAGGCAGUUGGAGCAAGAGUUACCUCGCUGGCAGGUUCUUGUGGACAGUAUCACAGGGAUGAGCAUGCCUGACUUUGACAACCAGACAUUGGCCGCUCUACGUGGGCGUAUGGUACGCUACCUCAUGAGAUCACGAGAGAUUACCCUUGGCCGGGCAACCAAAGAUAAACAGAUAGAUGUUGAUCUGUCAUUAGAGGGUCCCGCCUGGAAAAUAUCAAGAAAACAAGGAAUCAUUAAACUGAAGAAUAACGGUGAUUUCUUCAUCGCUAACGAGGGAAGACGGCCCAUCUACAUUGAUGGCAGACCCGUCCUGUCGGGCAACAAGUGGAAACUAAAUAACAACUCAGUGGUGGAGAUCGCAGGACUUCGCUUUGUGUUUCUAAUAAACCUGGAACUCAUCUCUCUCAUCAAAGCCGAGGCAGCCAAGAUGACGCAACAGUGAACGCUCGAAGGAAUUCUUAUCUUGAUUUCACAAGCUGACCUAUGGACAUUAUCCGUGUUGUGCUGUAGACACUCAUGGUGGAGCCCGUUUUUUAUCAGUUUUCCAGAAUACUUUAUUUAAAUUGUGUAGUGAGUCUUUCCUACAAUAAUAAACUGUUAUACACGCACAUACAAUUUGAAUUCUCUGUAUCGUCUUUGCAAUGCAUUGCAUUUGAGUAACCCAGCAGCUGACACACAAUUUACGUAAAUGCUAACAAAACAUCUAAAUCCUUGCUUUCAGCAUACUUCCUUGAGAUUUUGCCAAAUGAGUCGUCUCGGAAUUCAAAUGAAGGAAUCUAAGAAUAAUUUUAUGAUUGCCCAAUCUAAUCUGAAAAGAUGAACCAGAGAUAUCGUGACAAUAAAAGGUGCAAGCACAGCCCAAUUGAAAAUAAAUAAGGGG